AUGUUUAUGUUUAAAGUUACCUAGAGUUAAAUAUGUUAAUUUUUAUAAUUAUCGUUUUUUAAUUGGAUGAUAAAAUAAGUUUUAUGCGCAUGUCUAUUAUUGGCAUGUAUAGCAGUAGAAGAUGGCAGUUAUUUUUAAUAUAUGGAAAUUGACAGAGAUGAAUUUGGCAAAACUUUGAUUGAUACAUUGGAACUGAAUAUAUCUGGUGGACAAUCAUUGGAGAAAGUAGUUGAUCUAAUGCGUGAUUUGGAAGGUUAAAUAGAUAAUGAAUAAAAGGAUGAUGACAUUUCUAACCAAUAAUUUUAAAAGAAAUGUGAUGAAGAUUUGACUAACUAAGAGAGUGAGAUCAAUUAAACAUAAUUAACAAUUGUUGAGAAAUAAGGCAAGUUGGAUGAAUUGUAGAAUGCUUAACAAAGAAAGAAAUAAGUAGCUAAUGCUAAGGAUUCAUGGUUGAAAUAAAUCUAAGAAUUGAUAUCUUAGAAAUAAACAAUAAGAAAUCAAGAAUAAGAUAGGUAUGAGUAAGAAAUGAAUGAAAAUUCAUAUGUUAUUUCUGUGAUUUCUGAAGUUAAAAAGAAAUUCACUUUAAAUGGAAUUAAUUUAAUCUAAAUUAAUAAUCAUGAGGCAUUAAUGAAUGAUUUAGAAAAUGCUGUUGAUGAAAGCAGGAACUUCAAAUAAAAUACUAGAUAUUAAGAAGUGUUUGGAUUGUUUUUAUAAGUUGCAGCAAAAGUGAAAGGCGAGGGUGCCGAUAAAUUGAAAUCUUUGUGUGAUGAUCUAUUAGUCAAUGUAUCUGACAAUAUGUCAUUAAUAAGAAAGUAAGAGGAUAAAAGAAGAGAAAUAUUUGAAAAAGAGAUUUCAUCUUUACAAAAGGAUUUACAAUAGGUAUAAAGUGAUAAAUCAAUGAUUGAUGCAGGAUUAGAACAACUUGAUAAUUCGAUAUCCAUGGGAUAAAAUGAUAUGACAGAUUAUAAUGCCAGAAUCGAAAGCAAAAAAUAAACCAAAGAAGAUAGAAGAAAAGAAUGUUCCUAAGCAGCUUAUGAAUACAAAUCAAGUAGGGAAUAAAAUGAUAGAAAAAGACAAUUAGUUUCCUAAGUAAUAGGAUUAUUUAGUGCCAAUUAAAGGGAAUUUAAAGAAUACUUAAAUAUUAGAAAUAAUUGAGAUUAUAUAGAUGAUUUUUCAUAUGUAAAAAUAUAUAUAGACAAUCAGUUUAUAAA